GCAACGACCGUGGGAGUCUUGGGCAGGUCCGAACUGGAACCUUGUCGAGGCGCGACGCAGACACCGGCCUCCGUGAUCACCUCGCGUCUGAGUUCGCAGCAUUCAGGGAGGCGGCACCACUUGGCAGCUCCGACAGGCGUUCACAAUGAGCACCGCGGAAGCGGAGUCUGCAGAGCAGGAGGACACUACAAGCGAAACCGAAGUUACGUCCCGUGUGCAGUACAGCAAGGUUCUCCCGCUAAAGUGUCACAUAUUCAUGUUGUACGGAUCGUUCGCCGCCGUGCUUCCAAACACCUCUGUGGAGGCCGAGCAGCUGGGCAUCUCUCCUCAACUGGUGGGCGCCAUGAUGGCGGCGGUGCCAUUCAGCACGGUUCUGGCCGCGGUCUCGUUGCCUUACUUCCGCUCUCGCGUCGCCACCAUCAAGCGUGCCAUGAUCCUCGUCACGCUGGGACAGGGCACCUGUCACCUGCUCGCGAUGCGGGUCACGCGCGGGCACAGGAGAGCCAUGGUGGACCUCACCGUGCGCAUGCAGUGUUCCUCUGCUGAAAACGCUUCCACAUAUUCUCCGCUCACGGUCUGCCUGGACAACCCGCUCAACCGCCAGCCGAAUCUCUGCCCGCAAGACUCGACGGUCGAUCCCGGCAGCAGAUCUCAAGAGAACCUCCCCGAUUCGAACCUUCAAAGGCUGGAGUGCACGUUAAAAUGCGGAUGUUUCUGGGACCCGGAUGGCGAUUACGUGUCGGCGGGCUUUAGUCCCCCCGCGAACAAGUGCCUCGUGAGCGACCACAGACUCCUGGACUGUGGGGAAAGCUACUGCGUAGCGGUUUCCAAGGAGACGCACUUGGCCAUCUUGUGCGACGACGAGUUGACUCCGCCCUGCCGGAUGCGCUGCCACGAGCAGCGGCUGCGACGCGGACAGCGGACCCCUGCCCUGAGCAACUGGGCGGACGCCGUCCGGUCGCUCCGCAAGGCCGUCGUCUGGGGCUACCUGCUUCUGCGGCUGCUCGCGAUCGUGUUCAGUGGGAUCGCCGUCACCCUCGCCGACGUGGCCGCACACCUGGUGCAGGACGCGGACGAGCCGCCGUCUCUCUUGCUCCUCGCGCCGUCCACGGACUCGAACCGGCUGUGGGGCUCAGCGGGCUGGGGCGCCGCCUCGCUGCUCGCAGGUCAACUGAACCACUGGGAGGGCCCCGACGGAGGCGCGUUCAUCAACUUCGCGCCGGGCGUCUACCUGAGCGCCGGCAUGAACGCCGUCGACGUGGUGGCCAUCAUGCUGCUGCGCAUGCCCCUGCGCGAGGCUCCGUACCGGCGCCUGUUCGAGAGCGAGCCGAGCGCGUACCGCAAGCGGCGCACCUACUUCUACAUGGCGCUCGCGUACGUCGUGGGCUCGCUGAGCGGCGCCAUCUGGGUGUUCGGGCCGCUCAGGCUGCGCCUUUUAGGAGCCGUGCCACAACUUCUGGCUGCCACGACAGCCGUCCAGGUUUUCGGCGGCGAGCUUGUGCAUACGUUCGCCUCCGAGCGGCUCGUGCGGCUGCUUGGCCUGCGCAACGCGGCGAGCGCCUCCAUCCUGAGCCUGUUCGCUCGGUUGCUCGCCUACGGCCUGGUGCCGCUGCCCUGGGCCCUGCUGCCCAUCGAGGUGGCGCAGGGACUCAGCGUGGGCCUCUACUCUAGGACCACUCUGGCCCUCGCCACGGGAGACCCGGCGACGCUAGGCAAGACGGAGCGGCACCUGCAGCAGGUCCUUUCCACCAUCUACCACGGACUCGGGGCCUGCUUCGGCGCCUUCGUGGCCGGCUGUCUCAUACCGGUCAUAGAGAUCAACAGGACGUUCGUGCUCUACAGCAUCGUCGCCCUGCUAGCCUUCUACGUCCAGUUCAGCUUCAGCCACUUGUGCUCCAAGCGAGAUUCAACCGACGGCGGACGAAGGCGACGCCCAAUGGUGACGUUCUUUAGCCGUUCAUCAAGAAGUGAAUCAAGCCCAUCUACGUAAACGGCGGCAGUCCUGACCAAGAAUAAUCGGACCUUGACACUUGAUAGCUUUUAAAUCCUUAUAUAUGUAUUUGAUAAUGCGAUGUGUGAUAACCGAACUCUCAAAAAUCAGGUUUAAUCGCGCGAAUCUCUGCUUGGCGACAUUGCCAAACUCCUACAGCAGACGCUAUGUUCGCAGUUCCAGAGUACCUGUGGAUUUUUUCUUAUCCUUUCGCUUCUGCAAAUGCCGACAAGGGUAAUCUGGCGUGUGCUUUAUAACUGUCGUAGUGCCACGACGAUGUAUCGCACCACGAGGCCCUCAGGCUUCGGUGUUUCCCCAGCACCCCAAGUCAUUCAAGAAAUAUGAAUGCUCCACAUAGGCACAAACUCAGCUACUCCGGUUACCCGCAAGCAAAACCACUUCGAGGAACUGUUUUCGUUGUUGUGCAUGGUAACGUCGCGAAUUCCUUUUUUCACAUGGACUAACAAAGCGCGGAAGGAACGUUUGCAAUGUUUCCUGCAUCCGAGUACGUGGACAGCUCCGUAACGUACUCGACGCACUCAAUUAUCGAUGUAUACGCCGACGAUAUACUAUUUGUACGCGUCGGUUGCCACACACGUGACGUUUGUAUGCGGGAUUCGAUGGGGAGCCAGCGCUGGCCAGGAGGCGAGACGGCAGUUUGGGUGCGCGACUAGAAUAAUCGUGCCCACGCUGUCCAUUAGGAAGGCCACAUUUUGGACGAUAACAGACGCGCGCAUGCAUCGACGUUUACUUCAUCCCAGCGCGUCCAGCCAAGCUGUCCCCAUAACCACGGGCAUUGUGAGGACCGCGCGCACCGUUCUAACAUGCCGGUGCCCAGUCGCGCCAGAAGCUGGACGAACGUGCCUUUAAGAACUGUUUCGAAUUUGCUGACGCAAAAUAGCAGCAUGUGCUACGGAAAACUGUUUUCCACCGCUCGCUAGGCUGUGUUUUACGGCAAUGCUGUCGGCACGCGAGAGAGAGCGAGAAAAAACCUUUGUGCUACGGAAAACUGUUUUCCACAGCUCGCUAGGCUAUGUUUUACGCACGCGAAGUUCCUGUGCUGGUUGCCCAUCAGAAGCAAUGAAUUCUGAGUACUGUCUCA